UCAAAAUUUAGAGGAGAAAAUUCGAAUCAAGAUUCAUUUGGUUCACAGGAGAAUCCAAAAUUCUUAAAAAAUUGGAAUCCACUUGUCACAUUUGGUGGGAAAAAAUGUUAUCUCACCUUCGAGGGAACUUUGUUGAAAACGGCUGGCCAACUAAUGAAAAAGAAAUUCACCACGAGUCAAAUUAUAAAAAGAAUUUCAUCUUUUGUUAUCAAGACUGCAGAUUAUAAAUUUUAUAAAUUAGUUGGAGAGAUAAAUAUUAAAAAACAUGUUGUGCCUAAAGAACUUUUGCCUCAAUGCAGAACCGGUUGUCCAGUAAAUAUUGAUGAGUUCUGUGCAACUUGGUUGAAACUAAAAGGAGACGAUGAACGAGUUAUAAUGAAAGACGGAGAUACUGUUUUUAAAUCAGGCAAUCUUAAGGAAAAAUUUGUAACUUCAAUGAAAUCACCGGAAAAAGUUGUAACUACUAAUGAAACAGAGAAAGAUGUUUUAAAUUUAGCAAAUGAUCGAAACGCUAAAAAUAAAGUCGCGCGAAAAUUAAAAUUUGAAUCAGACGAAAGCAAAGAUGAAAAAACGAAAACUAUUAAUACUCGCAGAUCUCAUUUGUAUGCAUUAAGGAAACGACGAAGAAUUAUCUAUACUGAUAAUGAUAAUGAUGUUAAUGAUGGUGAAAAUUUCCCUGGGAAAAUUAAAAAUGGAACAGAAGAACCUAAAUAAUUGUAAGCUUUUUUUUUUUUAAAUCCUUAUGUAUAUUCUGCAAAAAAAUUUAAUUAAUUAUUUAUUAAUUAAAAUAUCUAAAUAUUUCAUGUAAAAAGAAUUUUAAUUUUUAAAAUAUCUAUUUUUUUAAAUGGAUAAAGGCAAAAAGUGAGAAAUACAGUUCCUAUGAUUCAUUCGACUCAUAAAAAAAAUACACGAGAUGUAAAUAUAACAUUAUUAUCAGAUGAUAUGAUGUCGGUUACUUGAAAAUUUAUGAAUAUUUCAAUUACAGAAAUAUAUAUUCAUAUAUUCGUUUUAAAAAUGUUGAAUUAUUAUUUAAUAUAAAAUAUUUUGUAAACUAUA